AUGUCACAACAAACCCUCCUCUCCCCAGCAGAGUUAUCCUACCUCCACUCCUCCCUCUCUCUACAGCCCCCGAUCCGACCUGAUGGGCGAUCAUCAACGCAGUUCCGCCCCCUGACGGCCGAGACGGGUAUCCUCCCGGGUACAAACGGUAGCGCGAGGGUGUGCUUCUCGGACGGGACCGAAGCGAUUGUCGGAGUCAAAGCGGAGAUUGAGCGCACCACGCAGGUGGCUGCUGCUGGGGAGGAUUAUAAGGAGAAGGAAGGCCAAGGAGAGAAGAGCAACGGACCCCGGAGCAACUGGGUGGAAAUGGCAAUUGAGAUUCCUGGGCUGAGAGACGACGAUGCCGGGACGGUGUUUCUCGGCGAAAUGCUGAGGGAGGCGCUGCUUGGUGAUGGGGAGUUUGGCAGACGGCUCGAGAUCAAUUCGAGGUUCCACUGGCGUUUAUACCUUGACAUCCUCCUCAUCUCCCCACCCCUCUCAUACCCCCUACCCCUCCUCUCCCUAACAACACAUCUCGCCCUCCUCGCGACACGACUCCCCCGCCUCAAGUCCGAGGGUGACGAGGAUCCCAUGUUCGACGACGACUGGGAGUCCUCGGUGUUCCUGUGCUCGCGUGACGGGGUGUCGCGCCCGCCCAUCACGCUUCUCGUGAUUGCCGUACGAGACAAUAUAAUAUUCGACCCGUCGGCCGAGGAGUUGGCUGUUGCCGAGUCUGCUCUUGCCGUUUCUGUCGCCGAGGUUGCCAAGCCCGAGCAUAGGCAGCAGAGCGACAUGGACGUGGAUAGCAGCAUCAGCAGCAGCAGCAGGAGACAGCUUCGUCUUGUGUCGAUCAGGAUGAUUGACCCUCCCUCCAGGUUGACACCGCCGGGCGUGCCCAACGCUACGAACACGGCUACUACGGGGGGGGCUCAGCAGGGCCAGAGCUGCAUAGAGGGAGUGUGGAAGGCGCCGCUCGGUGGGACCAAGUUCGCCGUCAUGGACGGGAUAAUACAAGCUGUUCUGGAGAAGGGUGGUGUGGCGGAUGAGGUGCUAGAUGGACUGGAAGGGGUUGAGCUGUCGUGA